AUAUAAAGACAAAUAGCUCAGCCAGAGUAGGUCAGUAGGUACAGGCGGCAGCUGGGAAAGGAACCUAAGAGAGGAAAGGAGAGAGAAAGAGGUGGAGGGGGAAAAGGCAGGAGAGGGAACAAAGCCAAAGCCACGGGUGAAGCGAGCCUGAAGGGCAUGGGGCAGCCUUGGCACAAGGAGAGAGAGCCCAGCGUUGGAUGAGGGUCUCCUCUCUCUAUAUAUAUAUCUCUCUAUAUACACAGAUCUGCUCUGUUAAAGCGGAAGGGAUGUUGCUGACCAGGUCGUAGCAUCAGCUGCGUUUCUGAGGGGCUUUGGCGGGAAGAAGCCUCCUUUUCAGCAGCAGCAGCAACACCUUCUUCUGGCCUGGCAAAAAUGACUGUCAAAGCAACAAGAAUGUCGUGUAUUGCUCCAAGUGUUUAUACUAAAGUGCCUGAUGGAGGAUGGGGCUGGGUUGUGGCUUUUGCUUUCUUCUUUGUGGAAGCCCUGACAUACGGAAUCAUCAAGUCUUUUGGAGUCUUCUUUACGGACUUAAUGGAAAGUUUUGAUGAAAGUAACAGCAGGAUAUCAUGGAUAAUCUCAAUAUGUGUGUUUGUACUAACAUUUACAGCUCCUCUCUCUACAAUACUAUCUAAUCGUUUUGGUCAUCGUUUGGUGGUGAUGAUUGGAGGGUUGCUGAUCAGCACUGGGAUGGUUGUGGGCUCUUUUGCACGCACCGUUACUGAAAUGUACAUCUCCAUUGGUAUAGUCUCAGGACUAGGAUACUGCCUUACCUUUCUUCCAACUGUCACCAUUCUGUCACAGUACUUUGAGAAAAAGCGCUCACUAGUCACAGCAGUGGCUUCCACAGGAGAAUGCUUUGCCGUCUUCUCUUUUGCACCAGCCAUCACUGCUUUGAAAGAACACAUUGGCUGGAGACACAGCCUCUUGUUUGUUGGUCUACUGCAGCUUGGAAUCGUGGCUUGUGGGGCGCUGCUACGGCCCAUAAUAAUCAAAGCACAGGAAGUAGUGAAAGUCUCCCCUGUGGAAGAGCAAAGAGAGACAAAGUACAUGUUUGAAAAUGAACAGACCCGCACCUCUAUAGAUUCUAUUGACUCAGGAGUAGAAGUAACUACCUCACCUCGCAACAUGUCUGAAGAUGCCAAAUUGAAACUGAAAACUGAAGAUGAACCAAAGGAAAACACUGAGAUGCUUACAGAAUCUAGUAGCAUUCCAACCAAGGAACCAAAAAUCCAACUGCUAGACUUCUCCAUAUUGAAAGACUAUGGUUUUAUUUGUUAUGCACUUUUUGGUUUAUUUGCAACUCUGGGAUUCUUUGCCCCUUCCCUAUACAUCAUUCCUCUCGGCAUAAGCCUUGGCAUCAAUAAGGACUCCUCUGCAUAUAUCCUGUCAGCCAUGGCAAUUGCUGAGGUCUUUGGCAGAAUCAGUGCUGGCUGGGUCCUCAACAAAAAACCCAUCCGGAAAAUAUACAUUGAACUCAUCUCUGUCAUUCUGCUGGACGUUGCCCUCUUUGCCUUCCCUCUAGCUUAUGAAUUUUGGGGACUCAUGAUGUGUAGCAUUUUCUUCGGUUUUAUGCUUGGGACUGUAGCAGGCACGCACAUUCCUAUGUUGGCAGAAGAUGAUGUCGUUGGCAUUGAGAGGAUGUCAUCUGCCGCAGGAGUUUACGUAUUUAUUCAAAGUUUAUCAGGGUUGGCUGGACCACCCCUUGCAGGAGUACUAGUGGAUACUACGAAGAAUUACAGCUCUGCGUUCUAUUCCUGUGCUGCUGGCAUGCUGCUGGCUGCGGUAUUUCUUUCUUUGGUGACACCUUGCAAGAAGUGUCAAAGUAAGAAGCAGCCAUUACAAGAGAAAGUGUCAAAGACUUUGCAGGAAGUACCAGAUGAUUUUAUAGAACCCGAUCUUGGGAAAAAUGAGGAGACUGUAAGAAGUUGUGAUAGUAUGGCUUGAAUUUUAAAAUAUAUAUUGUUACAAAAGCAAGUCAGCUCCAAUUCACCUUCUAAAAACUACACUUUUAAAGGGAAUGCAAAAUCAAAAAUGUGAACAAUGUUAUCAAACCUUUCAGAAAUAUUAACAUUACUUUUUUUUGUAAACAUGGAAUGUUAAAAUUUGUUCACACGCUCCUACUCAGCAUGACAUUGUGGUUCAAAUUCUCAUAUUCCCAAAGAGUCACAGGGCACAUCUAAAUUGCCAGUUCAAAAACCAUGGGAAGAAAUAAUUAUGGUAAAAGAAAAAUAUAAUGUGGGACAUUGUAACAAACUAUCACUUGUUUAUUGCCUGCUAAUAUCUCACAUCAAGAAACGCUAUAAUUAGCAAGAAAAGAAUAGUGACACAAGAGAGUUGAUUUGGUAAAUAAUUCUGAAUUUCAUUCUUUUUUAGUUUUUGUAUCAGAGCAAAAGGAUUUUUCUAGUUAGUAUUUUCAGGGGAAGGGGGAUUGGGUUAGAUAGUAUACUUAGAGCAGGGAUGGUGAAUCUGUGGCUCUUAAGAUGUUGGUUUCCCUCUUCCAUCACUCCGUGUAUAGCCAAUGGCUAAGAAUGGGUGAGAGAUGGAGGCCAACAACAUCUGGAAAGCCACAGGGUCUGUGUGUACCUUAACCUAGAGGAUUAACAAGGACUUUGUUUUUAAAACAUGCUUGAAUUUCAUAAAUGCUGGGAAGUAGGAAGCUACCACUUCUGUUUUAUGGCCAGUUCCUAUUUCAGACAUUUUUUGAAAAAAAAUCUAUUUCACUCCUAGGUUUGAAUUCUUAACAGUUCAAUUUUGUGCUUGCUUAUUCAGGACUUUGUAAGCCCCAUUACUUUAAAUAGGACUUAAAUCCAAGGGGAUAUGAAAUUGCAAUCUUAAGUUACAUCCUGGUGUCCUUACCUUGGAACUGAGUCUCACUGAAAAAGAUCAAGAGUUGCUUCUGAGCAGGUUCAAACUGUUGGAAGUCUUUUACUCCCCACUUGGCUGUUAGAAAAAAAGAUUGUGUCCUGUUUUAAUUUAAAACUAGUAUUUAUUGUUAUUUUAGAAGUAUUAGAGUUUGCCUUGUAGAAGAAAAUACGUGGAUUUUUAAAAUACUCUUCGCCAGCCUUUUCGGUGCGUUAUUUUGUUAAUUAUUUCUAAGAUAUUUUUUUUAAAAAAAUAUAUUUUUUCUAUUAAAGAGAGUUGGAAGGCAGGGUAUGGACUAAAAUGCAGUAAACUUAUUGGUGUGCUUCUCACCUGGAAUUGAGGCUGAUUCCUCUUCCACACUUCCUCUCCAAAUACAUAAUUGCAGCAGGGCCCCACUGCAUUCCACCAGCCAUUGAACAGCUGCCCUUGCACACCUUAAGGACAGCAGUAAUAUAACUGGGUGCACCUAUGCAUCCCAUCAGUGGCUGGUGUGAUUCAGCUACACCUGUAAGCCCUCCCCAACAGUUGCUGUUCCACAAGAGUACCAUGCUAUGUUGCAUAAGGAAGUACAAAAUACCUCUUUCUGCAACAUCCUAGAAAAACACAUGCGGGCAACAUUGGUGUUGUACUGGCAUAUGAGGAUUCGAGCCAAUGUUUUUUAAAAAAGGAAGCUCACUCAUGCUGUUCUGAAGUACAAUCCCCAAAGCACUGGAACUAUUGUUUCAAGUGGUAAGGCACUGUAGGCAGGGUCUUGAAUAAGUAAAACACUUGAAGUAUAUUAGGUAUGGUAUUAUUGUGUAUGAUCACAACAGUGAUUUACUGUAAAGUCAUAAUCAUAUGGCUGGUCAAAGUAUACAUAAGUAUACAUAAAUUGCAAACUUCUGUCAUUACCUCCAUGCAAUUCCCACUGAUGGCAUAUGAGUCAAAUGUGUCAACCAUUUCUUGAGACCUUAGGUACUUGUAAAUUUUAUACUCGGUAGGUAUAGUUUGAAAAACCCAACAUUUCUGGAACAGUAGUGCAGUAAAGAAAAAAAAGUGUGCAAGUAUGGAAGUUUACAUUAUAACAAGAAUACUUUACAACUGCCAAUGGCAUCAAUGAUUGGUCCAAAUAUUUUAACACUAUAACCCUAGAUGGAUGUUAAAUGUAGUAGCACAGACCUCAGAUGAGAAAAUUGCUGGUGGAUUCUGAGGGUGCAUAAUAGAUAUAGCUGGAUUUUUCUCCCAUUUUCAGUCAAUUAUGUGUAAAGAAAGGGAAUUCUAAAAUAUAGAAAUAUGUUACCUAUUCAAUCACUCCUAACUGAUAACUAUUAAAAGUGACACAAGUUUGCUUGCCCCACUUUUACGCAUCUUUUUGUCAACUCAGGGGGACACAACGAUACAAAAUUGUCUGUUUUGGUUCUUAAUACACACUGUACAGAUUCAAACAUUUCCCCGUAUUUUUAUGGGGAGCAAUGUAUAAUGAUUGCUUUGCUAAGAUAUGCAUGUAUGGUCAGGCACAGAAAUGAACAAUCUAAGACGGGGGACAGGAUUUGAAUCCUGAAUUCCUUCUUUGAAAACCCUGCAAUAUUAAUACGGUCAGGGCUUAAGACCCAGAGUUGCUGGGAUGAUUUUCAAAAGAGCAUGCUUUCAAAAUAAGUAUCUUUUACAUGAAAAUACUAGGGUGAGAUCUUAUUUCAAAGUAUGCUUUGUCUAAUUCAGUUCAGGGUAGUAAUAAUGUCAAAAAUGCAUGAAACAGUGUUCUCACAAUUUAGCAAAUCAACUCGUGCUCAUUGCCUAAAAACUAUGUAAAUCAUGUUGCAGUUUUAAGGUCCUUGGUAUACCUUCAGCACUUUAUCAUAUAGAGCAGAAUCUCGAUAAAUUGCAGCAGACAUAGAACAGAUGCAGCACUCUUGAUAAGGCAGUAAUUGACUUUUCUGUUCCUGAACUAGUGAGUAAAUGAACAAAGCAAGUGUGUCCAUAAAAUUGUGUUAUUUAUUUAUUUAUUUAGCAAGUGUACCUUAUCUUUUGUUCACUGCUGUACUUCUAGAAAAGCAGUAAGAAUACUGUAUAAUGGUAAAUGCGAGACCUCAAUGUGGUCAUUAUGCUAUUAGAACUGUCAAGUUAUUAUGGCAAGGAACCUAAUAGUUGUAUGUGGCAAAAGCUAGUUGUCCUGCAGGUUAACGAGGUUCUACUGUAUUUUUUUUUCAAAAUACUAAAUGCCAGAUAUAACUGACUGCAUCAUAAUUUACUGUAUAUGUAUAUGCCAUAUUAGCAUGACCUGGAAGGAGUGUGUUUGUGUGUACAAGAAAUCCAAAACUAAACAUGAUCAUAACAAGACUGCUGGUUUGCUCUGUACUGUAAUCAGUGAACUCUACAAGUGCUACCAAAUACUGAAUUUUGCAAUAAACCUUUUUUAAAGAAAGAA